AUGGAUCCUGCAAAGGUGUUAGAAACUCUCUACACUUUUCCGGUGGAGGGAAUACUAAGUUCAGUCGCUUCACUUGCUGCUCAAGAAAUCAGUCUUUUCCGAGGAUUCAAAAAAGAGCUAACUAAGCUUCGUGAAUCGGUACUUGCAAUUCAAGAGUUCUUAGGCGAUGUUUCGUACCAACCACGUCACGGGGGCAAGGCGGUGGAGGACUGGGUGAAGAAACUGAAAGACGUAGCUCAUGAUGCUGAUGAUGUAUUGGAGGACAUCAACUACGAAGUUCUCAGGCGUAAAGUAGAAAUUCAAAACCACAUGAAGAAGAAGGUACUUAACUUCUUUUCGCUCUCCAAUCCCAUUUUAUUUCGUCAAAAGAUGGCCCACAAGAUUAAGAACAUCAAUGCGUCACUGGCGAAACUCAAAAGCGAUGCAGCUUCCGUCGGCUUAAUGGCAAGGAGAGUAGAUCAAAACCCUCCAGGUAUGGGGAACAGAGAAACCGUCUCAUUCUUCGGUCGCGAUGAGAAGCCCAUCGGAAGGAAGAAGAUUGUGUCGGAUAUCAUUGCAGCCUUGAUCGAGUCCAAGAAUCAGGAAGAGUACCUUUCAGUUAAGGCCAUUGUGGGAAUGGGCGGACUCGGAAAGACGACUUUGGCAAGAUCAAUAUUCAAUGAUGAUGCUAUCGGUAGACAUUUUGAGAAAAAAAUGUGGGUUUGUGUGUCUGACCCUUUUGAUGUUAAUUCGAUUCUAACUCGGAUGUUAGAAUCCCUUAAAUCAUACAGGACAGGACUUAUAGCUCGGGAAGCAUUGCUGAAUGACCUCAAAGAAGGGUUGACAGGGAAGAGGUAUAUUCUAAUACUCGAUGAUGUUUGGAACGAAGAUGACGAGUUAUGGAGUGAUUUUACGAGUUGUUUGCGGAGACUCAAUUCUGCUCCCGGAAGCAUUGCCAUUGUUACUACCCGCAGUGCUAAAGUUGCAUCAAUCACAGGGACAAUGCCAAGGUGUGAUAUGGAGAGCCUAUCAUUAGAUGAUUGUUGGUCCAUAUUAAAGAGUGAAGCAUUCCCAAAUGGUGCUCCUCCUUUAGAUCCAACUCAAGAGAACAUUGGAAGGGCCAUAGCUGCAAAGUGUGUUGGUGUACCAUUGGUGGCAAAGGUAUUAGGAAGCGUGAUGCGUUCUAAACAUAGAACAAGUGAUUGGUCAUUGAUUCUAGAAAAUGAGAUAUGGCAAUUACCAAAAACAGAGGAUAGAAUCAUGUCGGUUUUGAAGUUAAGUUUUGAUAAUUUGAAGUCUCCAUCCUUGAAACAAUGUUUUGCAUAUUGUUCAAUUUUCAAAAAAGAUUUUGAAAUUGAACGGGAUGACUUGGUCCAGUUCUGGAUGGCUCAAGGAUAUCUCCUUUCUUCUCGCACCAUGAGUAUGGAGGACAUAGGCAAUGACUAUUUUAAUAUUCUAUUGCAAAACUCCUUAUUUCAAGAUGCUAGAAAAGAUAAGUACGACAUUAUUACGGAAUGCAAGAUGCACGAUCUUGUGCAUGAUCUUGCAGUGGAAGUAUUCAAAUUUGAAAGCUUGACACGAGACACGGAUCAGAUGGAUGAUGAUGCACGUGAGAUUCAGCAUGUUGGACUGAUUUCUUCGAGGACGCUUGAAAGAAUUCCACAAGGGAGUAUUAGGAGAUUGCGGUCGUUGUUUGUUGAUUGCAAGGUCCCUAGUAACAUGUUUGAAAGGUUUAGAGGUUUACGAAUGUUGAAUUUAUCCGAGACUGAAAUUGAGGAGUUGCCAAGUUCAAUUGGAAAGUUGAAACGCUUGAGGUAUCUUAACAUUUCCUGGACAAGAAUAGAAGAACUCCCCAAAUCUAUUGGCAAGCUCUAUAAUCUUGAGACGUUAAGAAUGUCACAUACAAACAUUAAAACGUUUCCUAGGGAAUUGGAAAAUUUGAUCAACUUGAGACAUGUUUAUUUCGACGAGGAUCUGGAAGUUCCAUUUGGGAUGACAAGAUUGACUCAUCUGCAAACGCUACCUUCUUUUAAAUUGGAUAGAGCAAGGCGUCAUAGACUUGAUGAGCUAGGUGGGUUAAAUGAACUGAAAGGGGAACUAGUUAUUGGAUCAUUGGAAUUUGUGAGGGACAAGGAAGAAGCGAUGGAAUCAAAAUUAGUGGAAAAGGCAAACCUACGAAAAUUGAUAUUAAAAUGGGGGAAAGAAAGAAAUGGCAAUUUUCUUGACGAGGAUAUUCUUGAAGGACUCCAACCGCACCCCAACUUAGAAAGCUUGACGAUUGAGAAAUUCAAGGGUACUAAAUUUGCAUCUUGGAUGAUGAGAAAUUGUCGAGUAACCAAUCUCCGUCAUUUGAGAAUUAGGAGCUGUGAGAAAUUGUUGAGCUUGUGUUGUGGGUUAGAAUAUUGCCCCUCACUUGAGACGGUGGAAAUUGAGGAUUGUGGCAAUCUAGAAUCCUUCCAAAUUUCACCAUCCCAAUCUCUUCAGGAGUUGAAAAUAGUUGGUUGCCCAAAGCUAAGAUGCACUUCAAUUCAGAGUCUGUCCUCACUCCGUGAUUUGGUUAUUGAUAAUUGCACUACUCUCGAGGGGGACUUGUCUUUAAACGGUUGCACAUCCCUUCGUGAAUUGAGAAUUGAAGACUGCGAUGGAUUCACAAGUAUACAGAGUGGGCUCCAUUCUUGUACUAGUCUUCGCACACUGGAUAUUGGUAAAUGUCGAAAUUUGAGGACUUUGUCGGGUCAUGGGCUACAAACCCCCGUCUCUCUUGAGAAGAUAAAAAUAUGGAAUUGCCCUAAUCUAGAGGCUAUUCCCAGUUUAGACAACCUCACGUCCCUCACUGAGCUGGAUAUUGGGGGAUGUAAUGGAUUAAUAAGUCUACCGAGUGGGCUUGCAUACUGCACAUCUCUUACCCUUUUGGAUGUCAGUUUUUGUGAUGGAUUAACAAGUAUUCCCAGUUUAGACAACCUCACGUCCCUCACUGAAUUAAGGGUCAGCUUCUGCGACAAUUUGAUAUCUCUGGCGGAUCACAAUGUCCCAUCGAAACUGAAUGAAUUAAGAUUGUACGGGUGGCCUAAGCUCAAGUCUCUGCCUCAGCAAAUUCAACACUCUGCUUCUCUAACAUCUUUGUCCAUUGAUCGUUUCGAUGGUCUGGAGGCUCUUCCAGAGUGGUUGGGCAACCUCACAUCUCUUACAGAGUUGUCAAUUCGUUGUUGUGAGAACCUGAUGCAUCUGCCUACGGUUGAAGCUAUGCAACGCCUAACCAAAUUGCAUGCCCUAUGGAUUGAUUCGUGUCCCCAACUGAAAGAAAGAUGCGCCAAGGACAGCGGCCCAGAAUGGCCAAAGAUUUCUCACAUUCCAGAUCAGAGUUGUUGGUGA